CACUCGUGACUUAUUUGGACAAAAGUCGAUGGACUGACCAUGCACACGAUCCAGGGGUUUGGUAGACUCAACACUCUUCACGACCUCCUCAACGGCAGCCUUUCAGCGUUGCCAUACACAACGAUCGGAGCCUGGUCCAUCCGCCUGUCCCUUCCGCCCUGAAGGCUUCUCCCUUCAUCAAGUGAAAAGCUACCCAACUGGGUACCUCGCAUCAGCGGCGGCUGGCAUGGCACAACCAUUUAUCAAUCCAUUAACGGGUCAAGCGAUAGCGUCGCAGGCACAGUCCUCUGCGGGCUCAUCAAGGCGCAGCAGUAGAAGAGGAGGUAUAGCGGGCGGGGCGCUCAAGAGGGCAGGCCUGAUCGAUGAAGAUGUAGGCAUGAGGAGCGCGGAUCGAGGAUCCGCUAACGGAUCAAGUAGAGGAAGUGGCUCUGGCGGAACAUCCUCAAGAGGAGGUCAUUCUUCUUCCAAGGCCACUGCUCGAGAUCGCGCGAAUCCGCUCUCUCGAUCAGACCGACCGAAGGGUCAUGCCAAGGGCAAAGACAGAGAUGUAGCAGCAGCUGGCGUGGCGUACUCCAUCAAGGGACAGUCGCAUAAUGGUCAAUCAUUAGGUGGAUCUUCGAAGGGCGGCAGAGUGCCUGGUGGGGAUGUGACGAACGAUUCGAAAGGGACAUCCAACCUCAACAGCAAAUCUAUAGAAGUGCUUAGGCGCUUCUUGACCAGCAGGUGGAAUGCUGAAGCCCAAUUCCUCAAUCUUGAACGCAUGGCAGGGGAUGAGAUACUGGAAAAGGCUCACAUCAAGGCGCCUGGGGUGGAAGGGUCGCCCAGAGAGAUUAGCUUGGCGAUGUUCAGGUUGGCACAAGACAUGUUUCCAGGCUGCGUCACAAUCUCUCUGGCGCACAACAACUUCAAGACCUUGAUGCCUGUGAAUGCCUUGCCACAAUACCUUCCAAAGCUUCAGAAUCUUUCGCUCGAAUCAAACGACCUCAAGUGGGUCAGGGAUCUAAUCUGGCAGCCCUCGAUGAAAGGGCGGCCCACUCCUCGGUUUGCAUCCCUCAAGGAGCUGAUGCUGCUAGGAAAUCCUGUGCGAGAGAAUGCUACCGCAGCUGGAAAUGCGGCGGGCUACAGGGCAGAGGUCCUAGCGAAGUUCCCACACCUGACUCUGUUGGAUAGGGAACCGGUGACUCAGGAAGAAUUGACAGCCGCUGCUCAGGUCAAGAACACAGAUCCGGCAGCUGCUAGCGCGGCUGCUGCUGGCGUGCAAGUCAAGCCUUUUCCCGUCGCGAUGAGACCGGGAUUCAGCGACGAAGCCAGCAAAGCGAUCGUGCCUGCUUUCCUACAAAAAUACUUUAGCCUUUUCGACCAAGACAGACCGGCUUUGCGACCAGUAUACGCGCCUCGCGCAGGCUUUUCGAUGAUCGAGCACCGACAAGUGCCACCUCGUGCAAGGGCGCUUGGCUAUCAGAACAGCAAAGAUUUACCGCGACAGAAAGAUUUGAAUUGGAAAGCAUACAAGGAUGUUCCAUCUCAUAACAUCAUGACGCUCGGCAAUCGCCGGCCUCACAGCGGAUUUCCUCAUGGGCCCAACUCCAUCGUUGGCGUCUUGACCAAAUUGCCGAAGACGACACACCCACUAACGGACGCGUCCAAAUUCGUGGUGGACGCCUGGGUGAUGCCGAAUACUUCUAUCGGCGCUCGCACAGCGUCUGUCAGGCCCGAGGCAGGUCCUGCCAAUCCAUCGCAGCCCGAAUCUGAACCCGAAGCUGUGAUCUUCAUUAACGUUCACGGCCAAUUUCAAGAAGCUCCCUCUCAGGGCUUCAGGUCUUUCAGCAGGUCUUUCAUAGUCGCGCCCGUCGUGCCUGGGUCGCAAGCCGCCAGUUCGGGAUGGCCCUGCGUCGUUUUGGAGGAUCAACUGAUCGUCAGGCCAUAUGCUGGAACUCACGCUUGGGCCGACAAUGCCUUGCCGACUGACACGGUUCAGCCCGGCAACAACAGCGCUGCGCCAGCGCCAGCUGCUGUAUCUGGGCCUAGCACUGCGACAAACCCUGGAUUCUCCCUCGAAGCCCUUCCACCGCACCUCAAAGGUAUUGCGCCCGCACAAGGUCUUAACGAGCAGCAACACAUCUUAUCCUUGCAAGUAGCCGCCCAGACGGGCCUCACUUAUCCUUUCGCUGUUCAGUGUCUCUCUCAGAACGCUUGGGAGCCCAGCCAGGCCAUGACAAACUUUGAGCAGCUGAGAAAUGCUGGAAGCAUCCCAGCGGAAGCCUUUCAUCGAUGAAUUGUCAGAUCUCGCCUUCUCUACUACAUGCCCCAGAUUGCCGCCCAGUCGCUUCCUCGCACUCGCCCUGCACACGCGACAUCACAUUAUAUCGCCAUGCAUUUGCAAUACUAUCCAAUAGCGGAGCGUGACGCGCCGAGAGCGCAAUGUCAGCAUCACG